GACAGCACUGCGGCUCUGCGUGCACCUGACGGUGCGGGGAAUCCCAGCCCGAAUCCCAGUGCCCUCCCACUAGAGGCGAGCUAAGGGAGUGAAGGUAUUCAGUGGGGCUUAAUGCCGAAGGAGCCUUUCUUACAGAGACCAGGGAUGCUGUCUGAGGCCUGGGAAUACGCAGGUCUCACGGCAGGUCCAGAUGUGCCAGCUGGGAAUUGCUCAGUGCAAAAGCACGCUGUGCUGAGCCUUCGUGCUGCUUCCAGUAGCACAUCGGCUCGGUAAAGCUUGUAUCAACGUAGUGAUCCAGCAGCACUGCCAGAACUGCCACACACUUGGUGUACUGCAGUGGGAAACUUGUAGCUGUGGUGCUGGUGAAGCUCACGUCCAAAAGCAGCAGUGCCUGUGGCCUAGGACAGGCUCUGUGAAGCUGUCCUAGCAACACUAGCUGUGUGUUUGCUGCCUGUGAACAUUUCCUUAGCUGAGAAGAUAAAGCAGCAUGGCUUGGCACAGCUUCAGCAUGUAAGCAAAAAUUUGGCAUCUCAAUAUAGUAUCAAGUGAGUGAGAGGUUAAUGGGACCCCAGAAGCGUAAAUGUAUCCUCCAGAUGCUGAUUAAAAGAAGGAUAAACUUCUGAAAUUUGGACCAGCUUAGAGUAGUCAGCAUGUAAGUCUACAGUCAAAGGCAUUUCAGUAUAAGUGAAGUUGUUUGGGGUUUUAUAAUCACAAGUAAGAGCAAUGCUCAGAAUAGUCUUUAUUAUUUGGGUAUUUUAUGAUAACAAAAGUAGCCUGGAAAGAAGCAAUGCUGUAUUCAACAUAGCCAGGGAAUACUUUCAAUCCCCAGUGUUCAUUUUAACUCUUUAUGUUUUAUACCUCAGAAGAAUUAAAUAUAAUUAUGAAUUUCUAUAAUGCUUUAUUUACAGUUCCUUCAUUCUGCUUCUUUCCCUUGUUCCAAUUUCUUUUUAAAAUGGAAAAGAUCCAGAGAUGGAGAAUCAGUAAGAUUGAAUGAGUGGAAAGAAUGGUGUACAAGAACAGAAUGUAAAUGUUAAUCUUGUUUAAGAUAAGGUUAACAGGAACAAAUUUACUUGAAAUAGUAUUCAGGUGGGGAACAUACACGGAACACUCAGUAACUCUCUGCCAGUGACAGUGAAUGUAAACUGAAUGGCUUUAAGUGAUGCCAGGGGAUACUUGCCUUGCUGAGCAAGGAAAUCAGCUUUCAAAGAAGUCAGCAUCACCUUUGUAAUGGGGAGGUGCUGUUUAUGUGUAUUCUCAUGGUGUUAUGUGCGUCGUUUUUCAGUGUAGCUGGCAGCCACUAACUGAUUAGAUGUGGACAAGACACCCCAUAGGCUGGCUGCUGCUUCACUCUCAUGAUGGGCAUGAGAAUAAAUGACUUGGAUUUCAUCACUUUUCAUGACCUAAGUCACGAGGCUCACACCAUACUUAUGGCUCCAAAUAUUUAUGCUGUGUAUAGAGCCCCUCCUAGAAUUCUCUUAGCAAAGAGAUACAUAGAUGAAGAAUCCAACGCAGUAAUUUUCACAUCAGCACUUUUCUCAUCAAGUCUCCAUUUUACAAGUAUUUUCAACAUAAUUGUACCUUAAUUCAGUAUUAAAUCGCAUUUGGAAAUGCUGUUCCUUGACAUUGCCAUGCAAGAGUUCCCAUUUAUCUGUGGCUUUUUGCCUUUGUCCCAUAAGAGGAGCAGUUUCCAAGACCUCCGGCUCACUUCAGUUUUCAGUUUUCAAUACAGCACCAAAGAGGUGGGAAACCACUUAUGCCCGAAACGCGUCCCUCCGUGCCGACGGGCAGAGCCUUGGGCCGCCUCCCUCGAUCCUUACUGCCAAGCGUCCUGCCUGUUUCUAAAAGCACAAAAGCGACGCCGUCUUUCCGACACCAUCGGUCUGUGUUCACCCUCUACCUGUGCGUGCUGUUACAGCCGAGAACGCAGGCACCGCAUCACCCGCACCCGGCAGCAGUUGCGGGGCGUCGGACGGACGCGAGCCGCGGUCCCGGUAGAGCACUUCCGAAAGGGCGGCGCGCGCCGCCAGCCGCGGCCAUCUCGUGGGGCGCCGCGCCGCGGGACCACAGCGCCCGGCAUGCCCCGCGGCCGGCGGACCGGCGGACCGCGGACUACAGCGCCCGGCAUGCUCUGCGGCUCCAAGAUGGCGGCGCCCAGGAACGGCACGAGCACGGACAGCAGCUCGGACUCGGAGAGCAGCGGCGGGGCGGCAGCUCGGUUCCGGGAGGCGGCCUGGGACUGCGCGAAGCAGCAGGCGGCGGGGCGGGCGGAGCCGCGAGGCGGCGGAUUUCCAAAGGAUCAGCGGCAGGCUGCUCGGCCCAGCCUAAGACGUGAGGUGAAUGACCAUGAUGAGGAUGGAAAUGAGCUACAGACCACACCAGAGUUCAGAGCACACGUUGCAAAGAAACUGGGAGCAAUGCUGGACAGUUUCAUCACUGUCUUGAAGGAUUCAUCAGGACCUUCACCAGCUCGUGUGCAGCAGUCUGACUGUGGAGAUGAUGGUUUUCGCCUCUUCUCCUCCUCUGUCCCAGGAGGCUGUGGGCAAUCAGAGCAAAGCCCUGCCCCAAGGAGGAGACGGCCGCCUUGUUCCAGUGACUCAGACAGUGACCAAGAGUGGCAAAAGUACCAGGAGGCUGCUGUGUCAGCAGCAGACAUUCUGAAGCAAAGUGCUUUUCCUGCACUGUCCCAGGAUUCCAGCCAGAAUACGUGUCAGGGUUAUGUGGAGCACAGACAGAAGAAAAAGAAGAAAAAGAAAAUAAAGGGAGAGAACAAAACUGAAGAGAAGAUAAUAGACCCAGCAGAUUGUGACCAGGACAGCAGAGAUUUGCCACGGUUGGAUUCUGCAAAUGGACAACACAAGAGACAGGACAGCAGUCAUACAGAUAACAACACAGCGUCACCAGGAGCUGUGAAGAAGAAGAAAAAGAAGAAAGAGAGAGAAUAAAGGCUUUGCUGUGCAUUUGGGCAGGUGAUUGUGAUGAAUGCUGGGAAAAAACAAAUGCAGUUACUGCAGAUGAGGGAGAACUAAUUUGCAAAGCUUUUGUUCUAAAAGCUCUGUGGCCUGGGAGUCUAAUUAAAGUGACUUCCUAUGUUCUGACCUCCCUUGGGGAGCAUUUUUCUCCUAGCACAGCAGUUAUCUGUGCUGCUGCUUGCAGUCCUAGGAUUAAAUACUGUACACAGACCGGUGUGGUGGAGGGGUGUAAUCAUGGCUGCAUCCCUUCUGAUCUGUUCUCUCACAUGCUGAAACCAAAUCUUGUCUCUUGGAGAAAGCAUAUGAUGAAUUGAAGUUGGUUUACGUGGCAGCAGGUGGUCAACUUCUUUUUUGCUUUGAUUUGCCUGUGGGAAACUCAUUUAUUGAAAAGCAUUACCAGAUGUUAGUCCCUGCCCCCCUCCAUUUUUUCCCCCUCUAUGAUUAUCAGAAGGAUCUGCUGUUGAAACCUGCCGUGUUACUGAUCCCUCUGUAGUCCACACCUCUCCAGGGCCCCUGUGUGUAAACAAAGCAGUGAGCUUAUUUUGAGGUUGUUCAAAACCAGCAGUUCUGCAUCCUAAAUUUCUCUUAGAGUGUUUUCUGGAUGGUUUUUUUUUUGUUAUUAAAUUCUUAUUCACUAUUAGUCUUAUUUAAUUUGGCAGGUUUGUGGGACAGCAGCUUUCUUGUGUUCAAUAGUUCCCCCAGCAGAGACAAAACGGGCUGACGAUGGCUUUUUGUUUGAUUGCUGAUCGGUGCUGUGAAAUUGGUACAAGAAAUACUUAAAUCUCAGUUGCUGAGUUUCAGACCUUGUUUUGUUUCAUAUGAGUUUUGUCUGUGAAACGCAGUGGGUUUUGGCACUUAGCAUAGCUCUUAAUCUGCCUGUUUCAGCUGCAGUAUUCCAAGAAACAACCUGUUACUUGGAUCAAUACUCUGCUCCUGUUGAGUUUCAGUAGGUCUAAUUCAUUGGCUCUGUUCAGGAGACCUAAAAGCUGGAUUAGAGAAACCAAAAUAGUGCGCUGAUGCUCUUUGAACACAGGAAGGAAACAAGGUGUUUUCCUUCCUAUUCUAAGAUCCUUGCUGUUUGUCACUCAGGAGAGCACACUUGGCAUCCAAAAAAUGGAUGAAAUAGAAAAUUGGCUUGGAAGUAAUCUGGACCUGACCAAAAUUAUUUGUUUUAUGGCCAGUUAAAACUUCACUGUACUGAAGCUAGCACCUCGAAUGUCAAAUGCAUAACAUUUUUUGCCUUGUUUUAAAUGUUUUUUUGUUUCUGCUUUUUCUGAAUGGAAGUUAAAAUUGAUUUGCAAGUAAUGCACGUGGGCGAUUAGGAAAUCAUCCUUGCAUAGAAUUCCUUGGAGAACCUGGUUACCAAAAUUAAUUUCUGGUGCUUGGUGGUAUCUAGGGGAAGCUCUUGCAGGCACAAACUGUUAUGUGUUAUGUUAUCUGCAAUAGUGAAAUUUCCAGGCAUGAUAACCAAA